CACGAACAGGUAGUCAAGAUAUUACUAGAUGCGGGUGCCAACGUCAACGCCCAGAGUCUAAAUGGCACCGCGCUAGAGGCGGCUUCAGAAGGUGGCCACGAGCAGAUAGUGAAGAUAUUACUAGACGCGGGUGCCAACGUCAACGCACAAAGUGAACUCUACGGAAACGCGCUAGAGGCAGCUUCAUUCAAAGGCCAUGAGUCCAUAGUCCAGCUCUUAGUU